GGGAGGCGGAGUCAAGUGCUGAACGCAGAAUAAAACCACUGCAGCCCGCGAGCAGACCUCAGUGUGAGGAGAAUCAUGGACGUAAACUAAACAGAAAGUUACCAUGAUAAAAGUUAGGCAUUUCUUUCAAAUUACAGCAACAACACCCGUUUCCCUUGUAAAUCAACAACCUUUUCCCCCCAGGGUCUGAGGUUUGCUUAAGUUUACAAGGCAUCGCUCUUUCAACACUAACUACAGUUACACUCUGACAGAAAGAAUGCGCGAGACAGUUAGCAUUAGCCGGCUAGCAGCGUGCUGACAGCAGCGACAGGAGGCGAACAAAAGAUUGCUCUGCAUUUGUCCGCUUGCAUUGACACUCGGUCCAUGUAGAAGGGGCGAUUAUCAACACAAUGCCCGUGUUACUUUUUCUGAUAGACACGUCCGCCUCCAUGAACCAGCGCUCCCAUCUGGGCACUAGCUAUCUGGACAUAGCGAAGGGCGCAGUUGAGACUUUCCUGAAGCUGAGGAGCAGAGAUCCGGCCAGCAGGGGAGACAGAUACAUGUUAGUGAGUUUUGAGGAAGCACCGGCUGGAAUUAAGGCUGGAUGGAAGGACAGUCAUGCCACUUUUAUGACCGAGCUGAGGAACCUGCAAGCAGUUGGAUUGACAUCGAUCGGCCAGUCUUUAAGGACCGCUUUUGAUUUGCUCAAUCUCAAUAGAUUAGUUUCGGGGAUAGACAACUAUGGACAGGGUAGAAACCCUUUUUUCUUGGAGCCUGCUAUCAUUUUGGCCAUAACUGAUGGCAGUAAACUGACCGGCAGUUCUGGGGUGCAAGAUGAGUUACAUUUACCCUUGACAACACCAUUGCCUGGCAGUGAGCUGACCAAAGAGCCUUUCAGAUGGGACCAGCGACUCUUCUCUUUAGUGCUCCGCAUUCCAGGCCACGCCUCUUCUGAUCCUGAACCAAUGGGUGGAGUUCCACUUGACUCCUCCCCUAUUACGCCCAUGUGUGAGGUCACUGGAGGCCGCUCGUACAGCGUGUUUUCCCAGAGAAUGCUGAACCAGUGUCUGGAGUCUCUGGUGCAGAAGAUCCAGAGUGGUGUGGUCAUCAAUUUUGAGAAGACUGGACCUGAUCCUCCACCUACUGAAGAUGGUCCAACAGAGAUAAAGUAUGGACCUCAAUCAUGGCACAGCUGUCAUAAGUUGAUCUAUGUUAGACCCAACCCUAAAACUGGUGUUCCUGUUGGCCAUUGGCCUAUCCCGGAGUCCUUUUGGCCUGACCAGAACUCUCCUACUUUGCCUCCACGUGCAGCUCACCCACAAGUAAAGUUUUCAUGUGUGGAUUCAGAGCCCAUGGUGGUUGAUAAAGUGCCCUUUGACAAGUACGAGCUAGAGCCUUCCCCACUCACUCAGUAUAUACUGGAGAGGAAAUCACCGCACACCUGCUGGCAGGUUUUUGUGUGUAAUAGUGCUAAAUAUGGGGAACUCGGGCAGCCGUUUGGCUAUCUAAAGGCCAGCACAGCUCUCACCUGUGUCAACCUGUUCGUCAUGCCCUAUAACUACCCUGUGGUGCUGCCUUUGCUUGAUGACUUGAUUACUGUGCAUAAGUUCAAGCCUCCAGCGAAGUGGCGACAGUCUUUUGAAAACUAUCUUAAAACAAUGCCGCCCUACUACAUCACUGCCCUGCGGAAGGCACUAAGAAUGAUGGGAGCUCCAAACCUGUUGGCUGACAACAUGGAGUACGGCCUCAGCUAUAGUGUUGUGUCCUAUCUCAAAAAGCUCAGUCAGCAGACGAAGGUCGAGGCAGACAGAGUUUGUGCGUCAGUAGGGAAAAAGACUGUACCAGAAGGUGGGAUUAAACUUCGCUGCAGAAGCUCCGCCCUCUCUCUGGCACACAGGAAGGAUUUCACACAACUGCUGCAUAGUAUCAUGGGAGAUGGGCCAGCUCUGCCAAUGGAGGCAAACACCAAGGAGUUUGCUGGCUUUCAACUAGCUGCUCUGAAUAAAGGAACUGUUCAGCAAAUGAUCCAUGGUCAGUUCUUGCCAAUUCAGAUCCCUCAUCUUUGCCAUUAUCCUCUGACAACACAGGCAUUAAAACCACAAGGAUUGCGGAACCCCUAUGAUAUCCCAAGGGCUCAUCUGCUGGACCAGCUGAGUCGCAUGAGGCGGAACCUUCUGCACGCUAGCAUCUGCAUUCUAAAAGGACAAGAUCAAGAUCAGCUUCACAGUGUGCCUAUAGCUCAGAUGGGCAACUAUCAGGACUACUUGAAGCAUUGCCCAGCCCCUCUGAGAGAGGCAGACCCCGAUCAGCCUAAACGUCUGCACACCUUUGGUAACCCCUUCAAAUUGGACAAGAAGGCGAUGAUGGUGGACGAGGCAGAUGAAUUUGUUACUGGCACUCAAGGCAAAGGAAAACGUCCUGGAGAGUCCAGCAGUCCUGCUGGGGUAGGGGCCCCCAAACGCAGGCGCUGCAUGUCUCCACUACUUCGGCCGGGACGGGCAUAUACACCUCCCAAAACACCACCCAGAACACCAGAUAAUGAUCACACAGAAUUGGGAAACCACAUCACCAACCAUCUUGAGUCAAACAACAACUUGGACAAGGAGCUGAGUCCUGUGCCAGAGUCUGAACCGAUUCAGCAAAGGAACCACCUUCAGUCAAAUGAGAUUGAGAUCCAGCAGGACGGAGUGCAGGAGAAUGGCCAGUCCAGCGAGAGUGAGCUCUCUCUGGGCAGUGAGGGUGAAGAGGAGGCCCCACGCCGCUACCCUUCACCCUGCCAGCUGAAAAAAAUCAGAAACGAAGAGAGCCAGGAGCUGAACUCUGAACUCCGAGUGCUUAUCACCAAGGAGAUAAGGAAACCUGGAAGACGUUAUGAGAAAAUCUUCUACCUCCUCAAGCAAAUCCAGGGCAGUUUGGAAACACGUCUGAUCUUCCUGCAAAGCAUAAUCAAAGAGGCUGCCAGGUUUAAGAAGAGGGUCUUGAUUGAGCAGCUGGAGAACUUCUUAGAGGAGAUUCACUUAAGAGCCAACAGCAUGAAUCAUCUGGACGGUUUCUGAGCACUCCAUCUGCCCUACUUGAAAGACUCGCGCACAGAUCUGCACUAUUUAUGUAACGUUUUUUGGGACUCGUGUGUCUCCAGUUUUUAUCAGUAUUGAAGCUGAUUUUAUCGAUGAGGACUUGAUGGGUUGUCUCUAAACCUCAGGACUAGGGGGAUAUGGGAAUGUUUCUAUGUCAGAUGGUCAUAAACACGCACUGCUCCUUUUUCUUUUUCUUAGACAUUUUUUUUCCCAUCUAAUUGUGCCAAAGAGAACUGGUUGAAUGGCAUCGGAUUCCACCUCAGCUCAUUUGCAUUUUUGUAUUUCCCCCCACAGUCCCCUGUGACAUUUUGACACGAGGCAUUGAUCACCAAUAUAAACAUGUUUUCCUUUUCAUUUCAUUCAGGAAUAGCACCUCUGCAAACUCACUGCUGCGUUCAGUCUCAGAAAAGAUUAUUUACUAGAAAGUGGUUCUUUGGUUGGAUCUCUCUAAUAAAGAAACUAAAUCAGCAAUAUUCCACACCAAUAAAAAGGCGAGUUACAAAGCAAUUCUUUAAUGUUGGAGGUUUGAGUGACUUUGAGGUUUUAUAAUUAAAUGUAGUCUUGUACACUCCAAAAAUAAUUAUUGAUGAUUAAAAUAUCUCAUCUCAGGAACGAUGAUGGUGCAAAAGAUUUAGCAUUUGGCAGCAGAGGAACAUCUUUCUGAAGUUUUGUUUUCCUGAUACUU